AUGGACCCCUCAGGCCAGGCCGUAGAUGCCCAGAUCCUCAUCAAUGAGGCAAGGACGCUUGUUUCUCAACUUUAUGAUCCAGCAAACACGGGUAACCCCGCCAAGAUCAAGAUUAUUCAGGAGCAUCUCCAGAAUCUUCAAAAAGGACCGCAAGCUUGGAUUAUCGCAAAUACCCUCCUCACGGAUGAUAAUACAGACUUGAGAUUCUUUGGCGCGCUAACCUUCACCGUCAAGGUCAACCAUGACUGGUACAGGCUGGCUGAGAACGAUUCGCGUGAGCUUAUCGGCCGGCUUAUUGAUCACUAUGUAGUCUUGGUCAAUGGGGGAGAGCGCGUCGUUAUACGAAAAUUGGCCUCUACCCUGGCAACGAUCUUCUUGAAGACAGAUGCGCCCUGGACCCGCGCAAUUUUAAGCCUAGGUGCAUCUUUAGCAAAUGGGAAGAAAGUCCACGAGGAAGACUGUGGCUCACUUAACUUACAAAAUAAUAUCCUUCCGGCGCUGUCCGAGAGCCAUAUUAUCUCCUUGCUGUAUUUCUCAAAUAUUCUAGCAGAGGAGACGGGUCGCCUGGGCAUGGAAUCACGGAAGGCUGGAGAUACCCGGCGCAUUUCUGAGAAUAUCCGAGAUGCAUUCAUACUCGUGGGAUUUGUCCUUUCCCAAAUAUUGCAACAUAGCGCCUCCGGUGGCUCUAUUGCUAACGAGGUUCUUGGAACAGAAGCUAUCAAUUGUUACCAUGCUUGGAUCUCUGUUCGAAGCUCAUUCCAACUGCAUGAUGCCAUGCCUGUGUCUCAAUUGGUACCAGCUACGAAUUGCGUAAUUCGAAGCCUAUAUUUACCGGCUUUAUCAAAAUCCGCUGGGCAUAUUCUGGUUGAGCUCAUGGGAUGGCUUGAACCCGUAUUAUCACAGGACCACGUGGCAGCUAUUCAUGAAUACGUUAUCAGUGAUUCCGGAACCGCCCACAUCUCCUCCCUCCUGGAAGGUGAUUUCGAAGACGAAAAUAUCACUUUCAUAGAGUUACUCCUGUCAUUUUCGACAGUAAAGAGGUCCCGACUUUUUACACAACCUUUAGAUGAGAGCCAUGAAAAAAUCAUCACACUCCUUCAUACUUUGCUCAAGACUCCGGGGUACGCGGCGGUAGACGACUCUGUGUCUCCUCUUGCCCUUGAGUGGUGGACAGAAGCAGCCGAUGACCUCCAGGAAGAAUUCCUAGAUCCCGAGGAAGGAAAGGGUCCUGAAGCUGCUAAGCAAAAUCUUGCUCGCGCCGCUUUGGACUGCUUCGAGAAGCUCAAGUACCCCACUGGAGAAGAGCUGCGAGAAUGGGGCGACGACGAACGUGCCGAAUUUGGGUCUUUUCGGCGAGACGUGUGUGAUUUCCUCCUUGCCGCCUAUCCCAUACUUGGGGUAGAUUUGAUACAUGUAUUUCAACAACAUGCAAGGUCUUCGCUAGCAAGCCAGGAUUGGAGAACCUUCGAGUCAGCUAUUUUUUGUGUUGCCCAACUCUCGGAGGCUGUUGAUGAGAACCAGCACGCUGACGAUUGUUUAAACGCAAUAUUUUUCUCUGAUGAGUUCGCCCGUCUAUGCGACGACAGUGAGGUCAUGAUCCCCGACAAAGCUCGCCAAACUUUAGUGGAUAUGCUUGGGAGAUACCGAUCAUAUUUCGAACGCACCCAUGCUUUGCUUCCUCGGGUUCUCACGUUUCUGUUUGCAUCUCUGAAUGUUGCAUCAUGCGCCCCAGCAGCCUCUAGAUCCAUAUCCUAUCUCUGCAAUUCGUGCCGCGAUGCUCUCAAAGUUGAGCUUCCCGCAUUCAUCAGUCAGUUCGAGAUAUUUCGACUCAAGCCCACUGCUACUGCUCAGACAAUGGAGAAAGUGUUAGAAGGCAUCGCUGCGAUAAUACAAACUUUAUCCGCUGAUGAAGAUAAAUCUCAAUUCCUUGAGAGAAUCCUAGGGUUUUUCGUCGAACAAGCAGAGCUUGCUCGGAAUGAAGCUUCACAUGGGUCUAUAGAACAGGCUUGCAUGCGCGGUCACAUGGUUCUUCGAUGCCUUGCGAGUAUAGGAAAAGGCCUAAGGUCAGAUAAUGAAGUGAUAUUGGAUCUCAGCAGUGAAAAGGACGACGGCCCGUAUCCACCUACGUACUGGAACUCGGGGAAUGGCGCUGUGUCACAAAACUUGAUAAUGCAAUGCAUGCGGCUUCUUGUGAUGGACUUUCCGUUCGAUGCGGCCAUUAUCGAAGCGACAUGUGAUAUUCUGAAGGCUGGGUUUACUGAAAGAAAGGGGCCAUUCGUCUUUCCACCCACAUUGACUGUUGACUUCGUUAAAAGCAUACCCCUAGGCACCUCCGGCGCUGAUAUGGUGAUGGGCACAGCUUCUGCAUUUCUAGCUUCCCACAGUUCGCACCCACACAAAGUAAACGAGGAAGUUGUCGCAUUAAUCCUUCAUGUAUACAACACAUUUUCCUUGGUGCAAGAGAAGCCAGAGCUCUAUGACCCGGAACUUGCGAACAGCGGGAUUGACUUUCUUACUCGCCUACUUCCGAAAUAUCAUCCAUACUUGCUCGAGCUUACAUACACUCCUCAAGGAGUUGGAGAACGGCCACCAGUUAUCGAAACAAUCUCAAAUUUCACGCUCUUCUCAUUGCAAGGCCCAGAGCCUAUCCCUCUUCGGUCUGCUUCUCAAUUCUGGGUAAGCGUAUUGAACCUCCCCAACGACGCCGAAGCUGUGCAGAAAACAAUUCAUAAUUAUCUGCCGGCGCUUUGCCGCAUACUCGUUACACAAUUGGCGGGUCGGUGUGCCCGAUCGGACAUUGAGCAUCUCACAGAUGUGCUCAGACGAGUUGUAUUUAAACAACUAGGCCAUGCACGCCCACAUAUCACAGCAGCACUGGCAGAUAUAGGAAACGACCAUACAGGCCAAGGACACGCCAACGUCCCUUCGCCAGAAGAGAGGCAACGCUUCCUCUCGUCUUUGCUCGCCGCACGAGGCGCCAGACAGCAAACACUCCAGUUAGUACGUACUCUCUGGGUCAAAUGCAAGGGAGCCGGUUUCGAUUAUAUUGGCUAG